CAGACGAAAACGGCCGAUGUUGACAGACAAAAGUGACAAGCCCUUCGUGAAUCAACUUGGAACACAUCCAACCCUCAGCUUUACGUCGAUUCUCUCCAGCUGACACGUCACGUCCCCGUGAAUAGGAUAGGAGUCCGUCAGAGUUAACGCGCCUCAACUGCUGGUUCGGUUUAGUUCAUUUGGUUUCAUCUUAUGCUCACGAAAGAGAAAGCUGACGAAAAUGGCUAAAGCAGAAAGCCCUAAAUCCUUAACAAAUGAAAUCCGUCACGAUAGGAAAGAUGAGCUCGCAAAAGGAUUUUUCAAAGACGUGGGACAAGCGUUUAAAGAAAUGAGAAGGGGCCUGAAUGAUGUGAGGAGUGCAAGUUUCCAUCCAAACGAUCCCGUUCUAGCGUGUGGCUUAUUUCACGGCGGAGUGAUUUUCCUGCGCGGAUCUAGUCACACCACUUCGUUCGAAAACUGGGACAUUGAACCCAAACAUUAUCCAUAUGAAAGGGCAAUUUUGUUCAUCCAAUGGAACGUCGAUGGAACUAAAGUGGCUGUUAGCUCCGACGAUGGGACUGUCAUCGUCUUUUGCUAUCCAGUGGACGGCAGAAAAGUAUUCCAAAGAAAUGGACGAUCCAAUUUUCCGAUAAUUGUUUGGAAUCCAUUCAACCGAGACAUGUUGGCUAGUUAUAACAAUGCGAUAGACACUACACAGGUGCUGAUUGUCAACUCGGCAACUGAAAAACCCUUCACCAUGAAAUCAAAAACGUACUGCGAGACAGUGGCCUGGAUCUCGCACAAUCAACUCGCCUCUGGUUAUCACGAUGGAACGGUUGAAAUUCACGAAAUAGGAUCACACAACAGGCAAAUGAAAAGUCAAGUGUUCCAGAAAAUCAGACACGACCUGGGUGAUGACGGACGAUUUAAAAUUUUUUCGCCGUUCGAAUUUCCAACGUUGCAUGGCCAAACGCAAUCCGCUGUACGGACUAUUGCCUUCACCAGGAACGAAGAAUUGAAUAUUUUCGCUUCCGGUGGCUCAGACCGACGGGUCAAAAUAUGGUCGUUGGGAAGUAAUGAUCCCGUUCGUGUGCUGGAGCUCGAUUCAGUUUGUACCCUUUUGGUGUGGAGUUCUGACGUCAAGGACGAUACGGCAACAAAAAAAUUUAUGGCAUGUGGAUCACUUAAGGGAAGCCUUGUGAUUUGGUAUCCGUUCGAACAUGAAAAUCAGACACGAAAUCUUCCAGGACACGCAGCUCAGAUUCACCAAUUAUUAUUUUCACCCGACGGGCGCUAUCUCGCAUCGACCGACUAUUUUAAAAAAUUGAUUAUCUGGUGCACCAAGAGUUGGAAGAGCAUCUACAUCUUAGCCCCAUCCGAGUACAUGUAUCCGUACAUGAUGACAUGGGACGCGGCCAGUUGCAAGUUGGCAAUUUCAGAGCGAACAGGCAAAAAGCAGUUCAAAAUGAUUGAAUAUGUCAUGGCCGAAAACUGCUGUGCCGGUUGCAAGAAAACUGCUCAAAAUCUGAAGCGUUGCGCCCGCUGCAAUUCAAUCUUCUAUUGCAGCAAAGAAUGUCAGCGUUCACACUGGCCCCAACACAAACUUGUUUGCAAUAAAAAUGAAUAAGUUUUGACCGAAUUUUCCAAGGCAAAAGAGGGUGGCGGGGAUAAAAAAAUUU